UCUCAGACUUCUACACGAGCUGCUCCUGGGUGAUAAGAAGCUGUUGGUGAAGGUGGACGCAAAGACCAAGGCUCAGCUGGAGGACUGGAAGGCCAAGAAGAGGAGCACCAACGGGGGAAUCACAGAUGGGUCCAGAACAGAAGGAGGGGCUGAGGAGGAGGUUCUUGAUGAAGAAACCCUGCGUCGGGACCAGGUUGUGAAGGGGGCAAUAGAUGUUCUGAUUCGAGAGUACUCCAGUGAGCUGAAUGCUCCCUCUCAGGAUUCUGAUGGUCAGACUCGCAACAAGAAGAGAAAAGAGAAGAAAGAGGAG